UUUUUACAGACCAGCCACUAGGAUCAAAAAAUGUCUAAUUUAAGGUUAACAUUUGCAGAAAGACUGAAAGGAAACACAGAAAUCAAGAGUGCCUGAGGGUAAAAAUAGAGAAGAUUAAGACUAAAUUUCAUUCGUGUAAACUUUGCUCUCUUUGUUCGAACGUCUAAGUCUUCUUUAUUGUUAAUGCCCGAAAUGAGAAUCGUACUUUGAGACUUUGAGAAUCGUAUCCCUGCCAUCACACACUUAAGACUCCCGCUCACAACGUAUGAGGAUGAACAGAAAUAUUUAGGACAGUCUCAUAGCCUUUCCUUUUCCUGAUUUAUUCAAUUCAUUAGUUUGAUGAGGAAGGCCAGGGAGUAAGAUAAGUUGUGCGCCAGGUUCUUGUCACUAAACUGAAUUUCUUCCGUUUCUCGUUGACAAUAAAAUCCAUUAGAGAGCUUUUCCACUUGAGUGUACCCGCCUGCUUUCAUUACGACAACGUAAUCUCUUCCCGUCGAUAAUUAAGCUGAUCUGAUUGCACUGUUACCUUUAUCAAUCGCGUACACGACAAGCUUAAGUUUACUGAGCCGUUCUGAAUCGGGACAGAACGCUGUGAUAUCAGCAGAUAUCAAAACCAGCCGUUUACUUGAACUGAUGGUUAUGAACGCAUAAAACGCCUACAAGCCGAGCUAAAGGCUGUGAUGUACUGGCCCAGCAGGUUCCCAAGUACGCGAUCCAUUACAAAAUACUUUCAACGUUUUUCAAGAAAAUCAGGUGUAAAACUGAAAGCCGAUUUCUCGGUCGUGCACUGUGACUGAUAUCAUCUAUGUCAGAAUUAACCCAUUUGGGCAAGAUAACAGACUUUUGAAAUUAGCCAAGACGGUAAGCAGACGGCUAAAAUAGAAACAUGACUUUGUUGUUUACGACUACAAGUGGUCGAUCCCUUGAAGCCUUGGUUUGUAUAUAUGACCGAUGGUAUUUAACCUGCAGGUUGUUCAGAUCACGCCAAUACGUAGGACGGACGCAACCGAGGAGUCAUCUCUGGUGUCCCACAACCUUUAUGUAAGCUGUUUGAGCAUCUAAUAGAAAGGCCUUGUCAAACGCAAGUAAGUUGAGAGAUCUAAACCAUCCCAGCACCAAGGAAUGAGCUUCUAACAAAGAUAACUUCCUUCCUGAUAAAACAUUAAGGUUCCGCCAUCUGGCGCCAGACCGCACGAUAUCUGGUCGUACUUCUGGCUACAGCGUGCCAACUCUAAUACAAACAAGCUGCACAACACCCUUAAAACACAAACGCCUUACACAACGAGGGAUAAAGAUACACCGCUAAUUUACGACCAAGGUGAGAGGUUGAAAAUGAGGAAAAGGGAGGUUUGGAGAGUUAUUUUCGCCGCAUGGACAUUCGCAAUGCAAAUUGCAAUGGAUGAAGCAGGGAGCAAUGGCUUGAUUUACAAAGGACAACCAACAUCGUCACCUUCAUCAGCGUCUCCAAGAUUUGUGGACUCCAUUAGGAUGCAACAGACUUUUAUUGCAUGGCCCGCACGCCACAGCGUCCGACUUAAAUGCAAAGCCAGUGGCUCAAGUCCGUUAAGAUUCCAGUGGCUAAAGGAUGGUGAUCCAUCCAUUCAUCGAAGAUUACAACCGAGACUUAAAACGAACAUGUGGUACCUGAAGCUUAAAGACUUGCUGCCAUUAGACUCUGGGAAAUAUACUUGUAUAGUUUCCAACACAUAUGGCUCCAUCAAUCAUACCUAUACCCUACGAGUUGUAGAAAAAUCUCGCACCAAGCCUAUUCUGAAGUGUGGCUUUCCUAGAAACACCAGCGCAGAGCUUGGACAGAACGCUUCAAUGACUUGCAUCGUUCUUAUCAGUGGAACACUACCAGAUUUUAGAUGGCUUAGGUGGAACACUAUUCCAAGCACUUUCCCCGACUCGCUUGAUUUUGAGAACGGAUCGUACACCCUUGUCAACCCUCGGCAAUAUCAGACGGUUCACGUUGGAGGAAAGUAUGGCGUGAAAGUGAAUAUUUGGAACGUCCAACCCAACGAUUUGGGCCUGUAUACGUGUUACGUUAGCAAUCACCUUGGUUCUGACUACAUGAGUGCGUUUUUAACCGAGGAAAAGGACAGGAGAAAAGAAUCUGAGGAUGUCUUUUCAGUUACGACAGGGAAGCCUGAGGAAAAGGACUUCGCAAAUCACGAGAAUACAGGAUCUCCGCCAUUAAGGGGAACCAACGCAACAGAGGAGAUCCCCCCAGCGAAACAAGCGGUAACACGAUCCCGGGAGGCAAAGAUACCUUUGAGUGUGUUCAUAGGCGUCCUUAGCACCUGGGCGGUCAUCACAACUAUCGCACUCCUCUGGUGUCACUUGUACCACAAGAAAAUAAGAGCAGCAAAAACAGGGGUAGAGUUCUAAUGAACGAGGAAGGAAUUUUUCCGCUCUGAUGUUACCAUGAGAACCAUGAGAACUGAAGCUGGAUUCGAGCUAUGGGUCAUUAUUUGCACUCGCACCUCUGACUUGUUGGUUUACGUUCAUGUUGUCCAGUAUUAGACAUUGCCGUUGUUGUUGUUGGUGUUGUUGUUUUAGUUGUUUUUUUGCUGUUUUUAACCAAUAUUAUCACUUCACAUUUAAUCUUAUGUCCUAUGGAUAGCUUCUUAGAUGCACAUCGAGGUUUUGAUGAAAAUGAGGAUUGAUAGCUGGGACAAGUAUGCAUAAAUAGGAGCGGCAGUUUUCUCAGUUCAUUAGUCACACAAGAAAAACGGGAAAGCCGCUCGUUCAUUGUAUUUGUUUUCUUUAAAAUCAGCGCUAAGCCGGGCAAGGUGCUAAACAGAGAACUUCAGUGUUCUGACAAUCACUCCGCCCUAAUGACAAAACAGGGAAAACUUUGAGAUCUAAUCGUGUAGUAUUUUAACUUUUUCAUUUUGUCUCGUGGAAGUACGAACAUUUUACCGUUCAUCUAAUGAAAACUUUUUAAAUAUGGUACAAUUAACCAGGGUUGAUAGUUUUCUUUUUGUAGUUAAUGUGGUGAUUAUUUCUUUUUCAAUUUUUUCAUUUCAGUCUAUUUAAUACAUUGUACAGUCAAGAUGUAAAUUAACAUGUAAAUUGUAACGUUUACAAACCGUGAUUAUAGAGCUCGAAAAUCAAACUUUCUAUGAGGUAAGCUCAAUUUUGACUCUUAAUACAAUACUUGGGAGACUGGCGCAGUAGACUUCACUUUCAACACAGAUGUAAACAUUUAUCGGCAAGCUAAAAAGCCGCUUAUUCACGAAGAACAGUACAGGACGACACGUCAUCAACGAGGGAUAAAAACUGCCCAAUGACUUCUCUACGAAGGCUGGUUAUUAUGCUUCCUUGACCAAAGUUACAGGGCCACUUAUUUAAACGAGAUCUAACCCAAACCGCGGUUUUCUGAAAGCAGUAGGCCUCGGUGAUUCUCCAUAAGAGGGUUGAUUUCAUUGAUGUCCGUCUACUUUUAGGUUUCGGCUUGUUGACACUGUUCACAAAAAAUUGAUUCUUAGAUAAAGUUCGGCUAAAUUGAAGAAGGCUUAAAACGCGGUUUUGUUAAACGACGGCUAAACUAAACUUAAAACCCUGAUGAAGGCACUAGACAGGAGUGUGGAAACGUUGGGUCUAUGAAUUGUAACUUCUUCGGUUACACUCAUUAAAUCUGCAAACCAGUGUAGCAUCAAACUAUGUCUAACCGACCCAUUGUAUCAUAGUGACAAAAAUAUAUAUUCUUCAACCUG